CAAAUGAAAGAGGACUCUCGAAUGAAGAAAAACUGGUAAAUGAAGCUCUUAUUAAUGAAGGAAUAAAAGAUAUUUUUGUAUUACCAGAAGAAGAAAUUCUUAAAAUUGAAGAAUUAUUGAAUUGUGAUAUAGCUGAUUUUACAAAUAAUUUAGGUGAAAUAAUUAUUGAUACUAGUUUUGAAUUUUCUAAUAAGGCAAUUAUUUUCAUUCAGGAUAAAAAUACAGAAAAUAAUAAGAAGAAUUGA